AUGUCUCCUAAGGAUCAGCGCAUUCAAGUGGACGACGAUGUGACUACAGAGCCCAAAAGUGCCAAGAAGAGAAAACUCAUCCUUAUCUCUUCAAAAGGAGCAAAGAAGUCCCUGAUCAAGAAAGAGGAAGACGUCCCGAAGACAGAAGACCAGCAGGAGGACCAGAGAGUCUCAGUUGAGGACAGUGGUGUUCGGCCAACCUGCUCUAGAAGCACAAUCUCCGAGAACAUCAGGGAGAGAUUAAUAUUCCAUCAUGUGCUCGGGCGGGGAGGUUAUGGAAAGGUCGUCUUGGCUGAGGGCACUUCUAACCAUCAGAAGUAUGCUGUGAAGAUCAUCAGCAAGAGAGCCAUGCUUGCCAACUGCAAUGAGGCGGAUGUGUUGGUGGAGCACCGAGUGUUACAGCUGGCAUCUGGGAGCCCCUUCCUUGUCCACGCAGACUUUGCAUUUCAGACCAAGUUGCUUUUUCUACUUGGGCUGGAAUACAUGAGCUGCGGGGACUUUGAUCAAUUCCUGAGGAUGAAGGGGCGGCUUGACAUCCCCAGUGCAAGAUUCUAUGCCGCUGAGCUCGUGUGUGGCAUCCAAUUUCUCCAUUCUAAGGGAAUUGUCCACAGAGACCUCAAGCCCGAGAACAUCCUGGUGGCUGAGACGGGCCAUAUUAAGAUCACAGAUUUCGGUCUCGCACUUGAGAACAUGCUUGGAGACCGCACAGCCACCGAAUAUGCUGGGACAGAAGGCUAUGUGGCUCCUGAGAUGCUGGCUGGGGAGGAGUAUGGCGUCGGAGUGGACUGGUAUUCAUUUGGUGUCAUCUUAAAUGAAAUGAUUACCAGUCAGCGCACAACACGCUCCGGCGCUAAAGACAUCAUUAAAAAGCUCCUCCUGAAAGAUCCUGCCAAGCGCUUAGGAGUCCACGGGAACAUCCGAGGCCAUCGUUUCUUCCAGCAUAUUGACUGGGUCUCAGUGGAAGCCCUUCGGAUGCCCCCACCACACAUCCCUGUACCAUCUAUACCUCAACUCUGUCCCAGGCAAUUUUACCUGGACAGAAUGGAGGCAGCAGCAGCAGCAGCCAAGAAGGGACCUUUACCAUCUAAAGAUCAGGCCAUUUUCAGAGGGUUUUCAUUUGUCACCUGGUAA